AUGGCGAAGAUGUGCUCGGGCGGUGUCAUGACAGAGACACGCCUGGACGUUCUACUUCUUAGUCCCCACCUGAGACCGCCAAUCAGCCAGCUUUACUUGCGUGAAGCCACUGGCUUUUAUGCUAGCCGAAUUCACUAUUUCAAGGGAAAGAACUGGCAGAUACGCAGCUUGAAGGACGGACCUGGCUGCUUCUUCAUCGUGCCGGUCAUCGUCAAUACGGGGGGCAGCGCUUACAAUCGCCCCAUCGUCAGCGACGUCCUCCUGAAGCACUUCAUCCCGAAGUUUGACCGAGCCAUUUGGGGUGAGAAGAGCACCAAGGGCAAAAUUCACCUCCCAACCCCUUUAGGAGACGAUUUUAACCUUGGAGCGCAAGGAUGGAAUGAUGCAAGGGAGAAGGAGCUGGACAACAUGGCAAAGGAGGAAGCCAUUAUGUACAACUUGGUGGGGCACGAGUUGGCAAAUGUGAUUGUCCAGUGUGAUGGCUUGGCUGGCAAUCUUCAGGCUAUGAGGGAAGACAAUGAGCGCGAAGACUUCCUGCAUGAAUACUACCAGAAGACGGUAGAGGCGACUGCAAAGCGCUUCAAGCAUGUGGGCGCAACUGCGGAUGGCAUCAAACGUGAAGUGGAAAGCAUGAUGCUUGACCCGAUGACAGAUUGGGGAAAGAGUUCCUUGCCUGUGCCGGCGCACUUGUGGAAAUUUUCCGCCCAAAUAGCCCAAAAGAUGGUGGAAACGGGAUUCCAUGUGCGAGUCCUUUUCGGCCUCGACAGUGACAGCCCCAAAUCGCUGCAGGUGUCCCUCAGGGAGUUCCUGCUGCAGCUGCCCCCGUAUCGCCGCCGAAAGGUGCAACUAGAGGGGUCGGAUCUUCCAAUGAAGAUUCGGAACUUGAAUGCUUUGGGAAUCUUUGAUGUUCUGAUGCGAGCGGUACCAGCGGUGGCAGCGCAGUGGUUAGUGGUGGCAGCUGCCCAGCCGAUACAUCAAGAAAGUCUUUCUCUUCAGAACGACUUCUGGUUCAAUCACCUUCGUGGCAUUGCUCCGGCACAUGAUCAUGUGAGUUAUGUGGGGGCUUUGAGCCAACGAGCUGGGAGCUUUGAUGCUCUGCCCAUUGCUGACUUCUACCUGCUGAUGGUCUACAGCCCCUGGUGGCAGCACUGCCGUCGUGCGGUGGUGGAAUUCAAUCGCCUCGCAGCGGUGCUGCGACCGGCAGAUUUACGGCCUCUGCUGAUGGACUGCACCAGGCCGGUGAAUGAGAAGAUGUGCAGCCGAUUUCUGGGUGACCCACGACGGCCUUUGCCACUUUGGACAGCUGGCGUUGAUGCUCACCCUGUAUACGUCUCACUCUCUGACCCUUGGCCUGCUGCUGCUAUGCCUCUUCUGGUGGUGGGAUCUCAUGAGGAGUUCCUCUCCAAGGACAACUUCGUGCGCGCGAGGCUGGCAGUGGCCAGACUGCUUCCUGGGGAGAUCACGGCGGAGACGAUGCUGCGCUGGGUGCAGCGUGCACGGCCUGAAGCUCUAGGACCUCUCACCAAAAGCCUUCCAACAGCACGACCGCCUUGGGCCACUUUCGGAAAUACUUCGAGGACCCAGGCGGAGAAGGCGGAUCUGGAUGACUUGGACGGCUGGGAUCGAUUCCAGGAAUCCGAUGUCCGAGCAGGCCUAGCCUUGUGGCUCCACGAGAUCUUUGAGAGGCAGGUCUUUGAGAUCAAGGAGGAAGAUCAUCGAGAAAGAAGGAGGAAUGCAUUGCUUACCUUUUUGGACUUGCUGUGCUCCUACUUCCCAGAUCAUCUACCAGGUCCAUCCAAGAACCCGCGGGACUGUCGCGAGUCGCUUUGCCACUUGGGAUGGUUGCUGCAGGAUCAGAAGUUUUGGUCGUCCCACAUAGAGAACAUCGAAGUGGCCGUGCAGGAGGCUCCACCUGAGGGUCGCCCAGGAGAUGAACCCCAAAAGCCCGCGGAGUUGAAGCCGAGCACGCGGCGCUUUCAGAGGCUCCGGUGGGAGAAGCUGGAACACCACUGGCAGUUGUGUGGUGAACCAUGGCCAGAGCUGGCAGCCAGAGGCUUCAGCCGCUGCCGCUCGAAGGAUCCCUUAGCCUCAGGGUUACCCUGUGGAGUUUGGGGUUUGAUGCACUCGGUGCUCACGGAGAUCGCCGAGCUGCGCCAGUGCACCAUGGCCCAUGCCGAGAAUCCGGAUGAUUGCAUCGGCCCACCCAAGAACACCACGGCCAAAGAGCUGCGGACCUUCAUGAAAGAGGAGGCACAAAACAUGAAGGUCUUGGAGGCGGAACAGCGCCGGGAGUUUCUGGAUGAAGAGCAUGCGAAGAAGCCCGUCCGCUUGCUCGCGCCGGGGGUGGGGGAGGGUUGGUGCUUGAAAACACAAGGACUCUAUGCGGGCUACACCUCAGCUCCAGGAAACAAUGUGACGGCAGUGAUGCGUCUCGAGGUGUUGAAAGGGGACGACAAGGUGGCUGGAAAGCUAAUCAGCUUCGAAGGCAAAGAGGUUGACGAAAUGGUGGAACUUCAGCUAGCAGAUGACUUCAUCCGGAAAGAUGGAGGAGCCAUCAUUGAUCGCAUCAUCAAAGGCCCCAAGGCCAUCGACGAUUUGGAGUUUCAGUUCUUUAAGUUGAGGACCGUGGAAGGCUCACCAGUGCCCUCAAAAGCAGCGCCAUGGCAGGAUAUGCUGAAAGGCUCCUUCCUGGAGCUGCCCGAGUUGGUCUUUGAAGGGCCGCGGCCGUGCCUGGGGCGUCCGCCCAAGAUUUGUCGGCAGAAAUGCUCGCGCUUCAAAUUUGAGAAGGUCAAGGACUUGGCUGAGGGAAACGUGACCUUGGGGAAGCUGGUGGAUGUCUCCGAUGCGCCCGACCAGUGUAUUGGGCGGCUCUAUCGGAGGAAGUGGUUUUUCUGGAGCGAAGAUCUUGGGAAGGGCCUUGUUCCAUGUUCAGAGGCCAGCCUCUACCAGAAUGUGGUCUUUGGCCCAGACAAUGAGACUUUUUGCCCACAAGACCGAAGCCACAGGUGCUUGGAUGUGGACUUCCGAUUGCAUUUCGAAGAUUUCCCGUUUGUGGCGGUGAAGGAGAACCGCGACAUGCGCACCAAGAACUUCUCGCCGGCCGGCGCGUUGCAGAUCUUUCAGCGGGCUGUGCAGCUCUUCUGGCGCUGUCACGAGUGCCGCGUACGCUUUGAGGCCUACAAGCUGGACGAAGAUGAGGUGAAAGCACCCUGCCAAGCAUCGCUGUGGCUUUGGAGUGUGCACAAUGCCAUCAACGGGAGGCUGAGUGAUGGACACUCCCAGGACAGUCCGUGGCCCGGUCCCGGCCGAAGCCCAAGCCACUGGCCACAGAGGUCCCUUUGCCCAGAUUGUUACAGCAAAGAAGGGAAGCCUAGACCCGACCGACUGUGCCACUUCCUGUGGAAUGACUUCUACAGAUCCUGGGUGAAUGUGGCGGAAAAGGUCCAUAGCACUAGCAAUUUCACAGAGAAGGAUGCUGUGGUGGAAGGGCAGGUUGGGCUGAUCCCACAACUCCAGCGCUGGCAGGUGGCUGUGAUCGGUAGCGUCAUCGUACUGGUGGCACAGGGCUUUCGAUUCCGACACGAAGGUCAGCACCGCUCGAGGAGCGGCUGGCAUUUGCUGAGCACCGAGGAAUCUUGAGGCUUGAGGAGCGAACUCCAUGUUCCAAGCCGCGCAGCAUCGCGCCGUGCCCCGAGUGGCUCGCGAACUCCGCUCUGCCGCCGUUGGGCGCGCCGGUCAUGGAGGGAGACCACCUCCAACUGCGCGCUGUCCAGGGUGUCACGGGCGUCAACUGGGGCAAGGCUCGACCUGCGCCCUGCACAGCAACUACAGGCCUGCGCAAGACACGGAGGGUAGGUGCUUGGAGAAGAGCGUGGUGGCGAAGUUGAGGGCCAAGUGAGGCCUUCACUUCUGAGAGCUUCCUGCCACCGCCCUCCUGGACGAAAUCUGCUAGCAGUUGGAAGGAGUCUCAAAGAUUCCACAGAGAGAUGCCGUGAGAUGCUUCAAAAAAGGCGUCAAACAGUGCGCUGCGAUGAUUUGCUAGCUGCUAUACCUCAAUAGGCCAAGUGGAAUGAAUCUUUGCAGCCAAGUUCCACCACCAAGUAUGGCUAGAAUACCAGAGCCACUCAUUAGACACUCAGCAGACUGGC